UAGCUUCCUCCCGCCACAGGAUUCCGUAGUUUCCGCUUCCGGUCCGGAGGGUAGCUGAGUCCGAAUUCGGGGGCCCCAGUCUAUAGGUCCUGAAGAAUGAAAAUUUAAAUACAAGGCCAUGGCUAAACAUCUGAAGUUCAUUGCCAGGACUGUGAUGGUUCAGGAGGGGAACGUGGAAGGUGCCUACAGGACCCUGAACAGAAUUCUCACCACCGACGGGCUCACUGAAGUCAUAAAGCGACGACGGUACUACGAGAAGCCUUGCCGCCGCCGCCAGCGGGAGAGCUAUGAAACAUGCCGGAGGAUCUACAACAUGGAAAUGGCUCGAAAGAUUAACUUCCUGAUGCGAAAGAACCGUGCAGACCCGUGGCUGGGCUGCUAAGGCUUGGGGAUAGAAGUCCACAUUAGUUCUGUGACCAACUCUUUCUUUAUCCAACCAAUUUCUGUUACUUUUCCCUACAAUAAAUUCAAUCACAGGUGAACAAGAAGGCUUGGACAUACAGAAGCUAUCUUAUUGGCCCACAGCAGAUCCUUUCUUUGAUUUAAAGGCAAAAAAAAAAAAAAAAAAGGAAUAGGAGCAGUAAUAUUUGUUGCCAGCCUAGGAGAGGGGCCAAUCAGAAGAUACAUGUAAUGAUACCGUUUCUGUUUAUAAAGAUUUGGAAAAAUUCUAGAAACCAUGGUGUCAUAAAAAAGGGAAGGAAGGGAGGGAUGUAGGGAGGGAAAAUUAGGACUGGAGAGAUGACUCAGCAGCUAAGGGUGCUGGCUGCUCUUUUGCAGAGGACUUUGGUUGGGUUCCAACACCUACUGGGUGACUGACUCAUGAAGUCUGAAACUCAAGUACAGGUGGUCUGUCUCCACCUUCUGGCCUCUCUGGGCCUUCAUGCAUACAGUACACAUAUACCCUUGUGGCUCACAACUGUCUGUGACUCAAACUCCAAGGGAAUUUCUUUUCUGCCCCCAUAGGCACCAUAUACACCUGUGAUGCACAGACAUCCAUGCUAGGCAAACACUGAAUUAAGUGAGUGGACUUAAUACUACUGAGCUGUACACUUGGCUAAAUUGCUAUGUUUUGUUACUAAUGGUUUUGGUGGCUUUUUCUUGUUUUUGAGACAGAGUCUCACUCUGUAGACCAGACUGGCCUCAAACUCACAGAGAGCCACCUGCCUUUGUUUCCUGGGUGCUUGGAUUAAAGGUGUGUACCAUUAUGCCCAGGUAAAUUGCUGUGUUUUUAGAAUUUUAAAAGCCCCCUUUCUGAGUUUCAAGGAAAGUUUCCAACUGUUAAAAAAAAAAACUGUAUUUUUUACCCAAUUUUUAUAAAUCCCAAAGCAACUCUUGUUGGAAAUGCAAAUGUUAUUCUUUACUGAACUGCUUUUCUCUACCCUUUGAUUAAAGUAUGUAUGUGUUUUUAAUA